GAACAGCGCUCCGACCAAAAUCUCGUCGGGGCCACAAUUACUUACCCAACUUUGUUCUACUGUUCAAUAUUUCGCUGGUAACAGGAAAAAAUGUUCAUUUUCAUGUUUUUCUUUCAAUCAAUUGGUUCAAAGAGGCCUUGAGAUGCAGGCACACAGCAAUUUACACCGUAUUGAACACAAAAGACUUGUGUUUUUUGUCACAAGUGCGGCACAAAAUUUUUCUUUAUUAUCAACACGUUGCUGGAGUGGGACCUAAUCAUGGAGGACUGGGACAAGGUGACCGUGCUGCGCAAAAAGGCGCCCAAAGCGGCGCAGAUGCGGUCGGAGAGCGCCGUCAACCAGGCCAUCCGGACCGGUCAGGCGGUGGAGACGCAGCAAAAGUUUAACGCCGGCACCAACAAACAGCACGUGGUGACGAAGAACACGGCCAAGCUGGACAGUGAGCACGACGAGCUGAAACACAGCAAGGUCUCCCUGGACGUGGGCAAGCUGAUCCAGCAGGGCCGCCAGGCCAAGAACCUCUCGCAGAAGGACCUCUCCACCAAAAUCAACGAAAAGCCGCAGAUUAUUCAGGAGUACGAGCAGGGAAAGGCUAUCCCCAACAACGUCAUUCUGGGAAAGAUCGAGAAGGUCAUCGGCAUCAAGCUGCGCGGAAAGGACAAGGGCCAGCCGCUGUUCGGCGGCCCCAAGAAGAAGUAGCCGGGCUCCUCGUCGCCGGCCCGGCCGGACCGCCCGCUGGCGAGGAGCUCUCCCGACACACGACUGACCUGCCUGUUCCGUUCCGUUCGGCCGGCCGCCGUCGGUGCCGGGCGCAGCUGGGCGGCUCCAGGCCGGCCCGCCCGCCGCCCGGCGCCGGCGGCGCGCGUGCGCACGCUCCAAAAUUGUCGCCUCCGGUGACCGUCCGCGGGUCGGCGGGACGCCCCGGCGCCGGCGGCGUCAGCUUCUCGCGCGGACCGCGGACUGCAUUCUGGUGUUUUGCUGACUGUAUUCGGGCGUUUGGUGCGUUUGUUGCGGUGUUUGGUUGGCGGCGGGCGCCGCGCCGCCGAGGUGCCGGCGGGGCGCUGCCCAACCGACCGGGGUGGGCACUGCCCGGGCGCAGCCGUGGGACGCUUCUGGUCUCCCCAAAUCCGGCGGGAUGGUGACAGCGUGGCGGGUGGCGCGGUGGCGGCGCGCCGCCAGCGCGGCACGCGGUAGGUGAGGACGGAUGCAGGGCAUAUAGGAGGAGUCGCCAGUUACAACUGGAGAAACCUUGUGAUAAUUGGCUUGUUUCCUCCCCACUGAACAAUAACGGACUCCUAUGGUUGUCAAUCUGAGUGAACUGGUGGUUGCGCCCGACCUGAAUUAUAUUGCGACAAUAUUAAGUAUGCAGUUUCUUUUACAUAACUAAAAUGUGCGUUAACAGUGCCGCCCCUGCCUGUCAGUUGCUCUUUCUGGAACAAUACAUUCGUUUACUACGUUUA